AUGUGGAUUUCGUCAAAUGAAGACAAUGCUGUUGUUUUUGACAUCACAGAUAGUGGCUUAGACGCUGCCCAGUUUUUUCAGGCCCUAAAGUCCCAGUACCCUAGCAUAGUAGGGGCUCUGGGUCAAGACCGUAGAGAUAGAAAUAUAGCAAUUAUUUCAUUUGACACUAUUGAAGAUGUGCCCAGGGCUUCCACGCCUACAUUUGGCAGGGAUAGCAACAUCCUUCGCAUACAUCUUGAUAAGUUACCUCUCCGCAGGGCAGAUAAAUUAGAGUCUCAAGUUCAAGAAGUCAUGGGCCUUUUUGGUCGAGUGAUUCAUAUUGGUUUUUAUAUGGACCCUCAGUUUCAAUUGUUUGGAGGCAAAGACUUUGUCAUGUUGGACACUGCUCCAAAGGAAGGGAUUGAAUACAUUCCCCUAACACACAAGAUUGACUUUCGUGGGGAACAAGAGAUUUAUGCCAAGUGGCAGAACAUGCCUGUGACAUGCAAUUAUUGUCAUAGAGAGGGCCAUAAGAAAGCAAACUGUGAGAAGAAGACGAAGAGCCCUCGCCUGUGCUAUGGUUGUAAAAAGCCAGGCCACAUUCGGGCACAAUGUCCUGAUGAAACAAUUGAGAAGGAACGUAAGCGUCAAUGCCAAGAAGAUCCUCAAGUUAUCUCACCAGAGAAUGGAGGUAACAACCACCAGCUUGAAGAAGAACUGGCCUGUCUAGUCAGAGAAAAUGCGAAGAUGCAAGAGGCACUUGUGCAAAGUGAAAAUGCACUUGAGGACAAGAUUGCCCUCGUUGAAGAACAACAACGUAGUCUGGAAGGUAUAACUGAGAGCAGCGAAAUUACAGUCGGACCGACUACAGAAGCACAAGGAGGAAUAGCAGAAUCGCACACUGACACCGAAAAUACGCAAUCAUCCAUCUCUACACUCCUUCAAGCUCAAUCUAGCACAUGGUCACAUCACUGUGGUCUAGUUUCCUUUAACUCCGAAUACUAUAUAGAACCACAUCUCAACUCCUUCAACCCCAUACACCUAACAGACGGCUGUCUGCUUACUGCCACAAUUCACUACGCCCAUAAAAUACAUGACCCGCUCAACUUCUUUGUCAUUUAUGCACCUGCCCACCCAGAGCAAUGCCCUCUCUUCUACUCUCUUCUAGAUCACUAUCUAGCCUUUAGUUCUCCACCACUUCCAAAAAGUGUGUUACUCGGAGAUCUCAAUUACAAAACAAGACUCACUUCCUCCCCACCCCUUCCAACCACAUGGACCCAAUGGUUAUCCCACCAUUGGUUUGACGCCAUCACUCCUGUGAACUGCACGCCACUCCCAACAUUCACCACUGGAUCAACCCUCGAUUUCCUUUUUGUCACAAACGACCUAAAGAUAUCAGUACACUCUCCUGUGGUUGAAUAUGUUGCCGGAUCUUGGAUGGAUCAUUUCAGUAUCAGCAUCCAACUUUCAAUUGGGUCACCUCAGCAUGGACCUGGAAUCUGGAGGUUCAACCCAUACCUCCUGUCUGAUAAAGAGUUUUGCAACACAAUGACUACCUUCCUUGAUGUAGCAGAAACACAGAUUCCUAAUGUAGCACCUCACAUCCAAUGGGACCUGAUAAAGGCUAAUUUGAAAGCCAUGGCUAUAGACCAUAGUCGUAAAGCUAGAAACAAAGCCAAGACUAUGCAGAAGAUACUACCGGAGCAACGAUCUGCUAUAGUAACACAGCUGCACAGUCAGUCUCAAAGAGACUUACAAUCGAGACACCCAAGCAACCCACACAGUCGUCCACGCACACAGCAUACGCAACAUAUCUCCAACAGAGAGGUAGCUCAGGAAUACUUAGGGACUAGCCAACCACAAAGUCAUAGAAUUGAGGACGAACCCCACACCUCACCAACCCCACUGACAGAAGAACAAGAAUACGUUCCCAACUCUCUAGACGACGAUCCCUCCUCAGUCCUCCAUCAACAGCUGCUUGAAGUUGAGCGUCAGAUAGACUGCCAACAAGAAGCACAGAACAUCCAAGCACAGCAAGAAAAUGGUGGCCUAACCAAAUCCCCAGAUGGUCUGGUUAAAUGCGCCCACACCUUCUAUUCCGAUUUGUAUACUGCCAAAACCAUCGAUGAUAAUGUUGUCGAGUCACUGUUGGCCAAUAUUCCAGAUUCCAGCUGCCUACCUAGCGAAGAGGGAGAGACUAUUACAGCAGAAUGGGAUGCUAAGAACAUAUUGAGAGCCCUUAAUCACUUCCCCACUCGCAGUAGCCCAGGCAUAGAUGUUAUACCAUAUGAACUUCUUCGUUGGCUAUUCCAGCACAAAUUUGCCCAAGGCCUGAUGGUCAAAGUCUUUAACCUAGCUCUCCAACGUCAAGAAAUUCCGCGAUCAUGGAAACGUCAUAGCUCGCAGCCAAUAACAUAUCUUGAUUACCCUCUCACCAGCUCAAAGGCUCAACUAUUCUGUGCUUUUGAAGACGUAAUUACAAAGAUCCGUAACCACGCACAAUUUUUAGCACAGCAAAACCUUUUGGUUCUUGGUAGAGGGCUAGUUGCCAACUCACUUCUUCUGAGUAGGGCAUGGCAUGUAAUACGCAUCCUCCCAGUGAAUACGGCUGACAUAAGCAGACUUCGUUCAGAAAUUCUCCCCUUGCUCGAUCAGACCGCCCCACUAUCUUUCGCCGGCAAAAUACUGGCAUACCUUAUAAGGCAGUAUUGCAAUACAACUAACUCAUUUCUUCCUCUGGUGUUUCCUGAGCUGCGGUCACCUCGCCUCAACACCUUUAGUAUCUUUCCUACAAUCUUUCAUGCUAUGAAAACCAUUCCUCUCUCCUUUGACUGGACUGUCAUAAAUCCUGUCACUGUACAGGAGCUAUCUCUCAGCACAAUUCUGGCCCCAUCUCAUCCUCUACCACUCUUCUUUACCUGCGGUAAACUACGUGCAUGUAAUGCAUUCUUAUAUGACUACACUCUUGGAUGCAUAUGUCGACUCAACCAGUAUGAACGAAGACGAGCCAGGUCUAACAUAGACACGCUGUUUACCCUUUUGGAUCACAGUGAACUCCGACUGAAGGAGUGGUUCUCUCUGCUCACAGUUUCUCCAUUGCGAGAGCCUGGCUCAGUGAUGGCCUCCUUCUUUCCGACUCCACCUCGCCACUUUCAAGGCUUCCUUUCCUCUGGGAUACCAAAAGUUCCACAGAUACGCAAUCUCUCUGCUCAAGUGAUCCGUGCACACAUAAGACCGCCCCUCACCCAAGUCUCACCCCCAUUCCCACAUGCAGCACUAGUACACUGGUGUAGCUUUUUGGAAUUACGUCUUCCUCUUAGAAUCUACACCAUCUGGUGGAGAUUGAUGCAUGGAAAGACGACCCACAAUGCAUUUUAUGUGGCGAACUGGAAGAUAAUGAACAUCUAUUCUGGGCAUGCCCUCAUAAAAAAGUUAAUUUGGCAUCAAAUUGCAACCCGGUUCCUGGAAUAUCCCACAUCGCUUACGUUUGACCACCUUCUCCUUCCUUCUUCUCCAAUGUCAGUUGAAGUCAAGAAUACCACAGUGUCCGCCUAUAGUAUUCUGGGAUGCACAAUAGGGGCCAUUUGGGACGCUCACUUCCAACAUAUCUUCCAUGAUGUUCCUUUUGUCACUAACCGAAUAGCUGCCAUUGCUACCUUAAACAUUAGAAAAAUAGAAUUAGAAGACUCACUCUUUUAG